GGAAGGAGUUCCUGCAACGGCGUGAAUUCUGAACGAGCCCGGACUGAUUGAGGUACAGCAGUGAAUGCUGAAUGGAGAGAGGCUGCUUACCACCCAUGCACAGACAGAAUGAAGGCACCUGGAGUGGAGCUAAGAAGAUGUGGAUCCUAUCUUAGAAGGCUGAUGAAAUUAAUCAGAUCUUUGGAUCAUAUUUGAAAAGAUUGAGUUUGUAAUGUUUAAUUGGGAGAAGGUUGGUUAUUAGAGCUGAAAGUUUUCCAGACUAUUGGAUCUACUUUCAGCAUUUUAAAAAUCACAAGUGUCUGUGUCACUGGCUGUUGGAUCUUGGAUUUCUUUUCUGCUCAGUUUUCUUUCAUUUUAUUAUUAUUAUUUUUAAAUAUAUUUAUUCGUCAUCUCAUUGGUGCAAUCAUGGGAGCAACUGGUUAUGGAUAUUAUCGCACCGUUAUAUUCAUCUCAAUGUUUGUGGGAUACAUGCUGUAUUACUUCAACCGGAAGACUUUCUCCUUUCUGAUGCCAUCAGUCAUGGGUGAAAUUGACCUGGAUAAAGAAGAGCUUGGUCUGAUAAUCAGCAGUCAGACUCUGGCCUACGCUAUCAGUAAGUUUAUCAGCGGAGUGCUUUCGGAUCAAAUCAGUGCUCGCUGGCUCUUCUCCAUUGGGCUUUUCAUCGUGGGCAUCAUAAAUAUCUUCUUUUCCUGGUCGACUACUGUCAUGAUGUUUACCGUGCUUUGGUUCGUGAAUGGGUUUGGUCAGGGUUUCGGCUGGCCACCAUGUGGAAAAGUGCUUCGGAAGUGGUUUGAACCAUCUCAGUUUGGGACAUGGUGGGCCAUCCUGUGCUGCAGUAUGAACCUGGCAGGUAGUUUGGGACCCAUCAUCACUACAGUGUUUGUUCAGUACUAUAACUGGAGAAUCAUCAUGUCCAUGUCUGGAAUCAUCUGCAUGGUCAUCGCUGUCAUUUGCCUUCUGCUGGUGAAGAAUGAGCCCAGUGAUGUUGGGCUUCCCAGCAUUGAUCCUAGAGCUAAAAAUGGCACAGGAAAGAAGGAAGUUCCUAAUGAUGAAAGCACCUUGAAAGAGUUCCUGCUGUCUCCCUACCUUUGGGUGCUGUCUGCAGGCUACCUGGUUGUGUUUGGGGUGAAAAUCGCCUGCACUGAUUGGGGUCAACUCUUUCUCAUGCAGGAGAAAGGCCAGUCUGCAAUGAUGGGCAGUUCAUACAUGAGUGCACUGGAAGUUGGUGGGUUCUUUGGCAGCAUUGGAGCUGGUUAUCUUUCUGACAGGGCUGUUGCGAGGCAAGGGCUGGGUAUAUAUGGUAGCCCUCGUCAUGGGCUGCUGCUGAUGAUGAUGGCAGGCAUGGCUGUGUCUAUGUACCUCUUUCGGGUCACUAUCACGCCAGAGACACCAGAGGAAGCACCGCUGUGGGUUUUGGCUCUCCAUCCACUUUCAGUUCUCACUGGCGUGUCAGAGAAGGAGCUUUGGAUUUUGAUUCUUGGUGCUGCAUUUGGAUUUUCCUCGUACGGACCAAUCGCCUUGUUUGGGGUGAUUGCGAGUGAGAGUGCCCCCUCCAAUUUUUGUGGAACAUCCCAUGCCAUAGUAGCUCUGAUGGCAAAUGUUGGUGCUUUUAUUGCUGGUCUGCCGUUCAGCACCAUUGCAAAACACUACAGCUGGGACACGGCAUUCUGGAUAGCAGAGGUCUCCUGCGCUGCAAUAACUGUUUGUUUCUUCUUUGUGCGAAACAUGCGCACUAAAAUGGGCCAUGUACCUAAAAAGAUGGACUAAUCCUCUGAAAAUGAACCUAUCAGAGAGCUCUGCAAAUGUGACAGCAUGCUGCCAAUCAGAGACCAUCAGGACAUCUGUUCCAAAAGAAUGGCUCCAUGGUUUUAAUGUCAGUGUUACUUAUUUUUACUUGCACUCCUUCAGUAAGAUCACCUUCAGUAUCACAUUAUAGCACAUUUCUUUCCGCAGAAAUAACAGUCCACUGACAUUUCAGCUAGAGAUGGCUCAACAAUACAUCUUUCAAAAGAACAAAGCUUGUACUGUUUUAUAAAAUAGGAAUGUUUACGCACAAGGUCUGGAGAGUUUAGUUUUUUGUGUGCAAUAACUUAAAUUAUAUCACAUGAAUGUUAAUGUUUCUUUAACACAGAGGUUUUAAUUAGCAUUUGUAUUUACAUGCCACUAGUUGGGUAUGCCUCUUUGUUAUUUGUGUAACCGCUUUUCUAGAACUUACAAAUGAUUACUUGCCAAUCAUUUUGCACUUUAAAAAUCUGUACUGAUGCCACUUACCACUUCAAGGAAUUUAAUGAUUAAAUAUGUUACUAGUUAUGACUAGUAAUUUCAUGUACUCAGCAGUAUCCUUUAUGCUGUGUAACAGUGUGAACAUUAAUUAAAAUUUGAUUAUCCGUAACAACAGAAUUAUUUUAAACACUGUAGUUCUC